CGGUGUCGGUCGGUCGGUCCGUGUCGGUCGGUCGGCGGCGGGGCAGGAUGACGGCGAACGGGACGGCGGAGCCGGUGCAGAUCCAGUUCGGGCUGAUCAACUGCAGCAAUCGGUACCUGACGGCGGAGGCGUUCGGGUUCAAGGUGAACGCCUCGGCCGCCAGCAUGAAGAAGAAGCAGAUCUGGACGCUGGAGCAGGACGGGGAGGACUCCAGCGCCGUCCUGCUCAAGAGCCACCUGGGCCGGUACCUGGCGGCCGACAAGGACGGGCGGGUGAGCUGCGACAGCGAGGAGCCGGGCCCCGACUGCCGGUUCCUGGUGCUGGCCCACGGCGACGGGCGGUGGUCGCUGCAGUCCGAGCCCCACCGCCGCUUCUUCGGCGGCACCGAGGAUCGCCUCUCCUGCUUCGCGCCCGCCGUCUCGGCCGCCGAGAAGUGGAGCGUCCACCUGGCCAUGCACCCCCAGGCCAACCUCUACAGCCUGGCCCGCAAGCGCUACGCGCACCUGGGGCCCCGCCGCGACGAGCUGGCCGUGGACCGCGACGUGCCCUGGGGCGUGGAUGCUCUGAUCACCCUCCUGUUCGUGGACCAGCGGUACAGCCUGCAGAGCUGCGACCACCGCCUGCUCCGCAGCGACGGCCGCCUGGUCCCCGCCGCCGAGCCCGGCACCGCCUUCACGCUGGAGUUCCGCUGCGGGAAGGUGGCCUUUCGCGACGGGGAGGGCCGCUACCUGGCCCCCUCGGGGCCCAGCGGCACCCUCAAGGUGGGCAAGAGCGCCAAGGUGGGCAAGGACGAGCUCUUCGCCCUCGAGCAGAGCUGCCCGCAGGUCGUGCUGCGAGCCGGCAACGAUAGGAAUGUCUCCACCCGGCAAGGGAUGGACCUCUCUGCCAACCAGGAUGAGGAGGGUGACCAGGAGACCUACCAGCUGGAGAUCAACAAGGACACCAAGAAAUGCGCCUUCCGGACCUACACUGGGAAGUACUGGACCCUCACCUCCAACGGGGGCAUCCAGUCCACUGCCUCCACAAAGAACGCGAGCUGCUACUUCGACAUCGAGUGGUGCGACAAGCGCAUCACCCUGAAAGCUGCCAAUGGCAAGUACGUGACGGCAAAGAAGAACGGGCAGCUGGCAGCUUCCAUGGAGACAGCGGGUGAGACGGAGCAUUUCGUGAUGAAGCUGAUCAACAGGCCCAUCAUCGUCCUGCGUGGCGAGCACGGCUUCAUCGGGUGCCGGAAGGUGACCGGCACCCUCGACUCCAACCGCUCCUCCUACGACGUCUUCCAGCUGGAGUUCAACGACGGCGCCUACAACAUCAAGGAUACCACUGGGAAGUACUGGAUGGUGGGGAACGAGUCGUCCGUCACCAGCAGCAGCGACACCCCCGUGGACUUCUUUUUUGAGUUCUGCGACUAUAACAAAGUUGCCAUCAAAAUCAAUGGCAAAUACCUGAAGGGGGACCACGCCGGGGUCCUCAAGGCAUCGGCCGACACCAUCGACGCCUCCACCCUCUGGGAGUAUUAAUGCACUUUAGGGUACCUCCCGUUGCCAACUUCUCUUUCCCUUCCUCCGUCCUCUUUUCCUUUGGGUUCUGUUUCUCCUCUCUGUAACAGGAUUUUCAGACUGGCUUGUCCUUCCCUCCUGCCGUAGAGUUGGUGCGUUAUGUGGGAGGUGGGUCUCCGUAAAUCCCUGUAAGAACUGGAAAAGUGGUGGGGCAGCCUGCCUAUAGCUUUGUAGAAGGGUCUGUCUCUAUCCCCCAUCCCUGUUUCCCUCCAGGUUUGCUGGGCUUGGAAACCGCCGUAUCCCCCUCCCAGCCCUGAGCAUCACCUUAGGUAGUUGAUUAUCCUCUCCUUGAUUGAAAAAAGGGAAUAAGAUCACCUCUGAGCUCACUUCUGCCAUAUCAGCACUGGCACUGCCUCAGUCUGUGCUGCCAGUGUCCCCUGGAGCAUCCUCCCAUCCUGCCCUGCUCCAACCAGGGGCAGAGUGACGGUGCCAACCAGGGGCAGAGUGAUGGUGCUGGGCUCAGCCAGCUCCUCCCAGCUCCUCCGGCAGCUUCUCUCCCCUCCUGGCUUUCAGGGCAGGUCCAUCCCCAGCUGAGCCGUAAGAGGUGACCUUACAUAUCACAGCAUCCCUGGGGACGGGGCUGGUGUGUGCUGGCACACAUCCCUGCAGAAGGGCCAGCAAGCUGCCCCCUCCCCUCCCCAUACACCUGGAAAUGAUUCUUUGGGGUGAUCCCGUCUGGAAAGCCUCAGCCUUUCAUCUCAUAGAGCCCUGCGCUCCUCGUGUCCCUCCACCCCUCCUCACGCUUCUGGCUCUAGAGGAGCACCCCAGACCCUGAUGGUGGGUCCAGCCUGGCAGGUGCCUGCCCUGAGGCUGGUCCUGCUGCUGUGCCUGGAGGGGGGGCGUGGGGGGACACAGAGCCAGCCUGUGCUGGGGUGGGGGCUUCAUCCAGCCCACCUCCCAUGGGGCUUCGGUCCCAGCAGGAGCCUGGCCGGCCCACGCGACCUCCCCGGGGCGGUGGCUGGAAGCAUAAAGUGCAGAUUUUGGUUUACAGAAUAGAAAAGUUCCUUAGCAAACUUUGCACAGUGAUACUUGCUCAGUACCUUUGUUGUUUUUUUUUUCUUCCUCUCUCAUAAAAUACUGGAACAGUGAAGCAAAUCACUGAACACCUAAUGCUGAAUUAGGAAGCGCCCGCUCCUGCGGGCUCCCCCAAGGGGGCAGCUCCUGGUCCCGCCACCCCCGGGGCACCUGGGCUGGGCUCUCAUGAAUCACAACCCUACUGGAAAAGAAAAAAAA